CGUGGUGGGGGUGGGGGGAGGAAGCGAUCUAAGAGGAAAAGGAGUAGGCGUCCCUUUCAGGCCGGAAGUCGUGCUCCUGAGUAAUUCUUCCCAACAUCGGGAGACCCAGAAUCUGCCCCAGGGAGGAUUUCCAAGACGCCCCAGAGAUCGAUGGGUGCAGAACGGAGGCAGGCGCUUUCCUGGAAAAUAAGUGGGUCUGGCCGAGCUGAAAAGCAAGCCCAGCACUGGAAUUGGAUGUGAAGAGAACUUCUGCCUGGAGCUUCCCGGACCCAAUUAAGCGUUGCACUCAGUCGUUACUCGGGUAACUGGCGUCGCGGUUUGUGAAGGAACCAAGAGGGCAGGUGGGUUCGUUGGUAUCUGGAGUAACUGCCCAUUAGUUAAAUUUCGUAUUUAGCCUAACCCUAAUACAUUAUUCUAAGAAUCCAAAUAUCCCCUUUUCCUCAUUGGGUGGAUAAUGUGGAACACCUCUCCAGUGGGAUAUUAUUAUUAUUACUCUCGUGUGGUGUUUACCAAGUGUUCCAGUCUCAUUGUUUAUAUUAAUUUACUUAAUCCUCACAAUUACCCUAUGAGAUAGAUGUUAUAGUUUUCGUUUUCAGGAGAAUAAACUGAGGCACAUAUAUAAGUUAAUUGUUCAAGGUCACAUAGCUAGUAAGUGAUAGAACUAAGAUUAGAAGCUAGGUAUUCUGGCUCCAAAGUCCCGGCUGUCAACUAUUAAAAUUGAGGAAAUCUCAUAUGAACUUCACACAGCACACAGCUUGGCAAUUUCAGGAGUGGGGAGGACUCAAUCGGCCAAUACCCAAGGUUUGGAACAAGAAGACCACCAGGAAACUAGGCUGAAAAUGACUACUCUGCCCUGUAUGUAGUUGAGGUUCUAGGAAGAAGUAAGGCCUUGUUUGAGAGGAGAACUUGAGAACUUAGGAAGAGGUGCUAGAUAAUCAGAGAAUAAAGACAAGAUGCAAUGGUGCUAAUCUACAGUCUUUGAGACAACGGUGUUAAGACCUCACCAAAACAAUCCUUACCAGUUCCUUCUCCCUAAGAAGAAAUGAAUCAAUAGCCUCAAACUUUUUCCCCAUUUAAGUCUUGUCUUUUCAUAGGUUUAAGAGGCCCAUUCACCAUCAUUAAUCAUGGAAGCAUCCUCAAAGGAUCUUCUCAUUCAAGUUACUCAAUUCUGGAACCUCCUAGAUGAUCUGGCUGAAAGUGACCCUGAGCGCUAUGAGAAUUUCAUUCAACAGCAGCUGAAAGAAGGGAAAGAGCUCUGGGCUGCCCCAGAACCACAAUUCUGUCUACAGACCAGGAUCCUGAAACCAAGAGAAAAAACACUUUUCAUCAACCUUUGCCAGUGGAAAAGGAUCCCAGUUCCCCAAUCAACCACUCAUCCAGUACCAAUAAGUCUUGGCAAGCCAGAAGAUAUUUCUGAGACAUCAGAUGUUUACACAGUCAUCGAUGUUGCCUACAAUCCUGAUGUUCUCCAGGCAGCAGAAAAAGACCAGGUGAAAAAGGAUCUGUUGAUACGGAUGGCUAUGAAAUGCAUUGAGGAGCGACUCCAAUCCACCCUCUCACAGUCCUACCAUAUUACAAAACUUACAAUAAAAGGAAGCAUUCAAAGGAUGAAACAAAAUCUGAUGGGAAUCCAGAAUGACUCCACUGAUUUAAGACAGAAAAUGAGAAAGGAACUCACCCUUGAACAGAUAAGAAACAGUAUUGUGAGCAGUCCAGAUCACUUUCCUCAGCUUACAUUGCCAAAGAAUCAAGUUUCAGACAAAGCAGGAUGUCUGAUUGAGGAGAUUUGCAGUACUGAGAUCCAGGUGGAGAUGAAGACCCCAACCUAUGAAUUAAAAAUUGUGAAAGAUGAGAAUGAGAAGCCUCUGAAAAUUGAAUUGAUAGUUGAAUUACCGGGUAUUGAUUCAGUCUCUCUCUGUGACCUUAGUGUUUCUAAGGAUGAUGUAUUGAUCGAGGUCUCUGAAAAGUACAGAUUACAUCUGAAUCUUCCAGAAUCUGUUGAUACUGAAAUGACUACAGCAAAAUUUAUCAAAGAAAAAGCUACAUUAAUCAUCACAAUGCCAUUGGUGUAAAAUAAGACUGUCGUGUAUUUCAGGUUUUCAGUGCUAAGGUCAUGUGCAUUAUAGUUCCUCCAUU